GGUAUAUCCAGAGUCUUCAGGAACUUCUUGAUUUUAAGGACAAAAGUGCUGAAGAUGCUAAAGCUAUUUAUGAGGAAUAGUUCCAAAACAGACAGGCUUUAUUAGUUCAUUCAUCUUGAUUCCUUACAAGAGUCAAGAUGCAUGUGUUCCCCAGAACUUUACAGAUACUGUGAUACGGAUCAGGAACCGACACAAUGAUGUCAUUCCCACAAUGGCCCAGGGUGUGAUUGAAUACAAGGAGAGCUUCGGGGUGGAUCCUGUCACCAGCCAGAAUGUUCAAUACUUUUUGGAUCGAUUCUUCAUGAGUCGCAUUUCAAUUAGAAUGUUACUCAAUCAACACUCUUUAUUGUUUGGUGGAAAAGGCAAAGGAAGUUCAUCUCAUCGAAAACACAUUGGAAGCAUAAAUCCAAACUGUGAUGUAGUUGAGGUUAUUAAAGAUGGCUAUGAAAAUGCUAGGCGUCUCUGUGAUUUGUAUUAUAUUAACUCUCCUGAACUGGAACUUGGAGAACUAAAUGCAAAAUCACCAGGACAGCCAAUACAAGUGGUUUAUGUACCAUCCCAUCUCUAUCACAUGGUGUUUGAACUUUUCAAGAAUGCAAUGAGAGCAACUAUGGAACACCAUGCUGACAAGGGUGUUUACCCACCCAUUCAAGUGCAUGUCACAUUGGGUAAUGAGGAUUUGACUGUAAAGAUGAGUGACCGAGGAGGUGGUGUUCCUUUGAGAAAAAUUGACAGACUCUUCAACUACAUGUAUUCAACUGCACCCCGGCCUCGUGUUGAGACUUCCCGUGCAGUGCCCCUGGCUGGUUUUGGUUAUGGAUUGCCCAUAUCACGUCUUUAUGCACAAUAUUUCCAAGGAGACCUAAAGCUAUAUUCCUUAGAGGGUUAUGGGACAGAUGCAGUUAUCUACAUUAAGGCUCUGUCAACAGACUCAAUCGAAAGACUUCCAGUGUAUAACCGGGCUGCUUGGAAGCAUUACAACACCAACCACGAAGCUGAUGACUGGUGCGUUCCCAGCAGAGAGCCCAAAGACAUGACCACAUUCCGCAGUGCCUAGAUACUCUUGGGACAGCUGGAAAAUCCAAAUGCGAUUUUGUUGAAUUUGGAAGGGAUGGUGUUCAGAUCUAUAUUAUACCAAAUACCUUGUGUGUCAUUUUCACAAUUAACUAUUUGGGUAGAAUAAAUGGAAACUGAAUUCCA